CUUUACUGCUACAUUGUGGGUUGGUUUAGAGGGAUUUCACAUGACUGUGAAUGGAAGGCAUGAAACAUCUUUUGCAUAUAGGGAGAAACUUGAGCCAUGGUCAGUUACCAAAGUCAAAGUGGCUGGUGGUUUGGACCUCUUAUCUGCCUUAGCUAAAGGCUUUCCUGUUUCUGAGGAUCAUGAUUUAGUUGUUGAUGUUGAGCACCUCAAAGCUCCUGCAACUUUGAAGAAAAGGCCAUUGAUGUUGGUUGGAGUGUUCUCUACUGGAAAUAAUUUUGAGCGUAGAAUGGCAUUGAGGAGGGCUUGGAUGCAAUAUGAGGCUGUACGUUCUGGGGAUGUGGCUGUCCGGUUUUUCAUUGGCCUUGUAAGUGAAGCAUUGCAGACUCUGAGUCAUUUGCGUGUGCAUACCAACAUGGUCUCAUAUUCUUCAAUAUCCUCUGGUUUUUCCCAAUAAGAAGUCUAAAGGCUGUGGUUGUCUGUUAGUUGAAUUAUUUUCAGCAGUGGUCAUAGCAAGGAUGUGAGUUCCUUUUCAUCAGUUUCAGAUACUAUUGGAUGUUAGUCCGAUGAUUAUAGUCCAGUGGUCAUC